AUGGUCUUGUUUUCUCAAGUUAUACCGAUUGAAAAUAAAAUGUCCACAUACCAAGAUGAGCAUUAUGUUGAAAAUGAACAAAAAAAACAAAAUAGUCUUUCAGAAAUCAUAAAACAUAGAAAAAAUAUAGCUUCUUUUUUGCAGGAAACAAAACAACAAAAAAGAGACACAUUUUUUUCAGAGAUGAAUAAUAUUUUUCAAGGCUAUUCAAAUGCAUCAUCAUCGGCAUUAGACUUGUUAAUGUUUCAAUCUAUAAAUGAUUUAAAAAAUACAGAAAGUGGUCUUCCAGAUAACUUCAUGGAUACAUUAGAUCGUGUCCCUAAAAAAGUACUUAAGAAAGAUGAUAUGUGUUCAAUUUGCAAAACCAGUUUUCUUGAAGACAAAUAUCCGUUUGUUGUUAAACUACCGUGUGGUCAUAAAUUUGAUGAAUGCAUUGGCGUAUGGUUAAAAAUAAGUGCAACAUGCCCAGUUUGUCGAAAACUAGUAUUAAAGGAAAGACCUAUAGUAUCUCAAGAUGAAUAUGAUGAUAUUUAUUCUUAA